AUGCGCUCAUCGUUUAUCGUCUCCGCCUUUGCAAUUCUCUUUGCAUUUUGCGUUGCUGGAUCGAUUGCUCAAGAAGGCAACCCUGAUUCUCACUACUUUAAUGUCACCAAGCCUACACCCAAUUCGCCCUAUGUAGCUGGUCAAAAGUUGCCUCUUGUAUACCGUGUCUCGAGCGAUAGCAACUCCAACAUUCUUCAAUUGUCCAUUACUUUGGAAGACCCUCGUAACGCCACCAACAGCGCUGUGCUUGUGGAAAGCGCUGACAUUUCGCAAGGCUUCAGCAACAAGGUGGAUCAAGAUGGUGCCACUGUCUAUGAGCACCAGGCCAACUACGACAUUCCAACCACCACCAUUCCUGGGUCGUACAAUGUCGUCUAUACCAACCAUGCCACCGCUCAUAAUGUCAGCAUCCCAAUCAGCAUUUCGGCUGCACCUGCCUCAUCGAGUGCUGCUCCAAGUGCCAGCUCGACUGAGUCUGGCAAAAAGAGCAUGUGGGAUACCAGUGCGUCCACCAAGGCCGCCGCUGCCCCUGCAUGGGCUAUCCUUUUGCUUUCUCCUUUGGCUGCAAUCGUCUUGUAA